GCACAUGACUGCGGCCUCCGCCUCCGCCCGCCUCCCGGCGCAGUCGCCGGCGGUCGCCUCCCGGGGUUGCGGCGAGCCCUGCCUGCGAACGUCACGUCCCUGCGCGCUCCCUGCACUCUCCCUGCACUCUCCCGAGCUGCGCUAGGCGGGCGCCGCGGCUGCCCCGCGAAGGAAACCGAAACCGAGGCCGGGCCCGUCCCUCCGCGGCCCCAUCCGCCCAGUGCACCCGGGGCCGCGCUCGCCAGGCCGCGGAGCCCAGAGCUGCGCGCACGAACCGGGCACCGGGAGGGCGCGGCGCCGAAGGGUCCCGGGUCUUCGACGCCUCUGCGGCGGCUCCUCCCUCCUUGCAGUUGGAUCCCGGGCGGGUGCGGCCCGGCCCGGCCCGUGAGCGGCGCACAGAAUGGGCCGAUGCUGCUUCUACACGGCGGGGACGUUGUCCCUGCUCCUGCUGGUGACCAGCGUCACGCUGCUGGUGGCCCGGGUCUUCCAGAAGGCUGUAGACCAGAGUAUCGAGAAGAAAAUUGUGUUAAGGAAUGGUACCGAGGCCUUUGACUCGUGGGAGAAGCCCCCUCUGCCAGUGUAUACUCAGUUCUAUUUCUUCAAUGUCACCAAUCCAGAGGAGAUCCUCAGAGGGGAGACCCCUCGGGUGGAAGAAGUGGGGCCAUACACCUACAGGGAACUCAGAAACAAAGCAAAUAUUCAAUUUGGAGAUAAUGGAACAACAAUAUCUGCUGUUAGCAACAAGGCCUAUGUUUUUGAACGAGACCAAUCUGUUGGAGACCCUAAAAUUGACUUAAUUAGAACAUUAAAUAUUCCUGUAUUGACUGUCAUAGAGUGGUCCCAGGUCCACUUCCUCAGGGAGAUCAUCGAGGCCAUGUUGAAAGCCUAUCAGCAGAAGCUCUUUGUGACUCACACAGUUGAUGAAUUGCUCUGGGGCUACAAAGAUGAAAUCUUGUCCCUUAUCCAUGUUUUCAGGCCCGAUAUCUCUCCCUAUUUUGGCCUAUUCUAUGAGAAAAAUGGGACUAAUGAUGGAGACUAUGUUUUUCUAACUGGAGAAGACAAUUACCUUAACUUUACAAAGAUUGUGGAAUGGAAUGGGAAAACGUCACUUGACUGGUGGAUAACAGACAAGUGCAAUAUGAUUAAUGGAACAGAUGGAGAUUCUUUUCACCCACUAAUAACCAAAGAUGAGGUCCUUUAUAUCUUCCCAUCUGAUUUUUGCAGGUCAGUGUAUAUUACUUUCAGUGACUAUGAGAGUGUACAGGGACUGCCUGCCUUUCGGUAUAAAGUUCCUGCAGAAAUAUUAGCCAAUACGUCAGACAAUGCUGGCUUCUGUAUACCUGAGGGAAACUGCCUGGGCUCAGGAGUUCUGAAUGUCAGCAUCUGCAAGAAUGGUGCACCCAUCAUUAUGUCUUUCCCACACUUUUACCAAGCAGAUGAGAGGUUUGUUUCUGCCAUAGAAGGCAUGCACCCAAAGAAGGAAGACCAUGAGACAUUUGUGGACAUUAAUCCUUUGACUGGAAUAAUCCUAAAAGCAGCCAAGAGGUUCCAAAUCAACAUUUAUGUCAAAAAAUUAGAUGACUUUGUUGAAACGGGAGACAUUAGAACCAUGGUUUUCCCAGUGAUGUACCUCAAUGAGAGUGUUCACAUUGAUAAAGAGACGGCAAGUCGACUGAAGUCUGUGAUUAACACUACUUUGAUUAUCACCAACAUACCCUACAUCAUCAUGGCGCUGGGUGUGUUCUUUGGUUUGGUUUUUACCUGGCUUGCAUGCAAAGGACAGGGAUCCAUGGAUGAGGGAACAGCAGAUGAAAGAGCACCCCUCAUUCGAACCUAAACAUUGCCUUUGCUUGGUGAAGAAACUGUGAGCUGUCCUGACCUGGACCAUGACGUGGGGAAAGCCUCCAUCUCCUUGCAGGCUUGUUGCCUGUUGAAAGAAGGGAAAAGACAUGGCGCUGGCAAGUGAUAGGAACAUUCUGGCCAGAGGUUAAAGAGCAGGCUGACAUGGCUGGCCAUUAAGCUUUAUAAAAUCAUGUGGGCUCUGAAAUUGUUCUUUUAUGUGUCUAGCAAGUAUUUAAUAAACCCUUGUAUAGUAA